CCCUCAACACCUUUCACUAAGAAAAGCUGAGCAACACCUCUUCCUCGCCAUCAAUCGCAUAAACCAGCUCUUCAAUUCUCAUCAUAAUCUUGCUAUAUAGCUAGGGAGGCAUGGUGAUUUUGGUACUCAUAAGUCUGUUGAUUAUAUUCUUGUCUUUAUUCUUCAAAAUAGCAUAUGACACCAUCUCAUGUUACUUCCUGACUCCAAGACGCAUCAAGAAGAUUAUGGAGAAGCAAGGAGUGCGUGGCCCCAAACCCCGGCCACUUACAGGCAACAUCUUAGACGUCACCUCCUUCGUCUCCCUCUCUACUUCCAAAGACAUGGAUUCUAUUCAUCACGACAUCGUUGAUCGCCUCUUGCCACAUUACGUUGCCUGGUCUAAACAAUAUGGGAGAAGAUUUAUCUAUUGGAAUGGGAUCGAACCGCGCAUGUGCUUAACAGAGACAGAAUUGAUCAAAGAACUUCUCACCAAGUACAGCAUUAAAGCUGGUAAAUCCUGGCUACAACAGCAAGGAUCAAAACAUUUUAUAGGAGGUGGCUUGUUAAUGGCCAACGGGGAUAGCUGGUAUCAUCAACGACAUAUCGUGGCGCCCGCAUUCAUGGGAGACAGACUCAAAAGCUAUUCUGCACACAUGGUGGAAUGCACCAAGAAGAUGCUCCAAUCACUGGAAAAUGCUGUAGAAUCAGGCGAAACCGAGUUUGAGAUUGGUGAAUACAUGACUAGACUCACUGCUGAUAUAAUUUCAAGAACCGAAUUUGAUAGUAGCUAUGAGAAAGGGAAACAGAUUUUCCAUCUCUUAACUGUUCUUCAAAGUCUCUGUGCUCAAGCAAGCAGGCACUUGUGCUUUCCUGGAAGUCGGUUUUUCCCGAGUAAAUACAACAGAGAAAUAAAAUCAUUGAAGAUGGAGGUGGAGAGACUGCUAAUGGAGAUCAUACAAAGCCGAAAAGACUGUGUGGAGAUUGGUAGGAGCAGUUCUUAUGGAAAUGAUUUGUUAGGAAUGCUUCUGAAUGAGAUGCAGAAGAAGAGAGGAAAUGGAUCUUUCAGUUUGAACCUACAAUUGAUCAUGGAUGAAUGCAAAACUUUCUUUUUUGCUGGACAUGAAACUACAGCUCUCUUGCUCACUUGGACAGUCAUGCUUCUUGCCAGUAAUCCUUCGUGGCAAGAAAAGGUUCGAGCCGAAGUCAAGCAGGUCUGCAACGGCGAAACCCCCUCCGUUGACCAUCUCCCCAAACUUACCUUGCUUAAUAUGGUGAUAAAUGAAUCACUGAGGCUGUAUCCUCCAGCAACAGUGCUUCCUAGAAUGGCUUUUGAAGAUUUUAAGUUGGGAGAUCUUCACAUACCAAAAGGGCUAUCAAUUUGGAUUCCUGUUCUUGCAAUUCAUCAUAGUGAAGAGUUAUGGGGAAAAGAUGCAAACGAGUUCAAUCCUGAUAGGUUUGCUUCCAAGUCAUUUGCUCCAGGCAGACAUUUCAUCCCUUUUGCUGCUGGCCCCAGGAAUUGUAUUGGCCAAACUUUUGCUAUGAUGGAAGCUAAAAUCAUUUUGGCCAUGUUGAUUUCAAGGUUUAGCUUCACUAUUUCAGACACUUAUCGCCAUGCUCCUGUCAUUGUCCUGACAAUAAAACCCAAGUAUGGAGUUCAAAUCUGUAUGAAGCCCUUGAAUCCAUAGGACACAUGUAUUGAGGUGAAAGAGAGCUUGAUCAGGGUUAAGUUUUUUGAUAAAGAUUGUCAGCAUUUUCCUUUCCUUGAAUUUUUUUUUUUUUUUUUUUUUUUUCUGGUGGGCCGGGGUUGUAUUCUAGUCAACAGAGAGAGACAUGGGAGGAUGCUUUAAGAAUAAGAAAACAAGUUAAGUUGUAGUUAUUAAUAAAAUCAAAGAAGCAUUGACAGUGAUUUUGCUUUUA